GAGCGGAGAUGGGCGUGGCUUCUUGUAAUCAGUUGUGUUGACAUAUCAUCAACACGCACACUCGACCGAACUAUUCAUUGCCUGCCGCUCUGUAAAAUCCAUUGGACUCUGCAAGAUGGCGGGUACUGGUACGUUUCAACCGGGAACUGCUGGGGUAGCAGCAUCACAAGUCGAGAUUUCAGUGUCAUGCAGAAACCUCAAAGAUAAAGAUGUUCUUUCAAAAUCAGAUCCAAUGUGUGUUCUCUACACCACACAGAUGGGAUCUAAACAAUUCUAUGAGUAUGAAAGGACAGAACGAGUCAAAAACAACCUAAAUCCUGAUUUUGUUCAAAAAUUCAACAUGACCUACCUCUUUGAAGAGUGCCAAAGACUCAAAUUUGAAGUGUACGACAUAGACUCACCCACAUCUGUUCUGGAUGCACAUGAUUUUCUGGGAAGGCUUGAGACAACGCUGGGAGAAGUCCUGGGCUCGAUGAACAAUAGACUAGAAAAAGAUCUCAAAGAUAAAGACAACAAAUCUUGUGGAAAAAUAAUAAUAACAGCGGAAGAAGUCAGUGAUUGCAAGGAUGAGGCCCACCUCAAUUUCAAAGGAAGGAAACUCGAUAAAAAGGAUUUCCUAGGAAAGUCGGACCCAUUUCUUGUAUUCUACAGAUGCAACGAGGAUAUGAGUUUUACAAUCUGCCACAAGACGGAAGUGAUCAAGAACACUCUAGACCCAGUAUGGAGACCUUUCUCAGUCAUGGUUAGAGUUCUGUGUAACGGUGACCUUGAUAGAACUAUCAAGGUCGAAUGCUUUGACUGGGACAGUGAUGGAAGCCAUGAUCUGAUUGGACAAUUCAACACAAACAUGAGACAGCUGACGGAAGGCAGAGGUUCCUUUGAGCUCAUUAAUCCGAAGAAAGCUGCAAAGAAGAAGGGAUACAAGAACUCUGGUACAAUUGAUCUUGUGAGUUGUUCUGUGGAGAAGAAGCCUAGCUUCUUAGACUACAUCUCAGGUGGAAUGCAGAUCAACUUCACCGUUGCGAUUGACUUCACUGCUUCCAAUGGUAAUCCCAAUCGCACCAACUCCCUGCAUUACAUCAACCCCUACAGUCCUAAUCACUAUGAACAAGCCAUCAUGUCGGUCGGAGAAAUUAUUCAAGAUUAUGACUCUGAUAAACUCUUCCCGGUCCUAGGCUUCGGGGCUAAGAUACCUCCAAAUGGGCAGGUCUCACAUGAAUUCCCAGUGACCUUCAAUGCUCAGAACCCUUUUGUAUGCGGUCUACAAGGUAUCCUUCAAGCAUAUAAAUCCUGCAUCUCUCAGGUCCAGCUUCACGGUCCUACAAACUUCUCACCAGUCAUCAACCAUGUAGCAAAGUUUGCCCAGCAGUAUCCAGAUGGUUCCAAUUAUUUUGUUCUUCUCAUCAUCACUGAUGGAGUCAUAUCAGAUAUGGAGAUGACCAAGAUGGCUGUUAUCAACGCCAGUAGGCUACCCAUGUCCAUCAUCAUUGUAGGAGUGGGCGCCGCAGAGUUUGAUGCAAUGGAGGAGCUGGAUGCCGAUCAGAAGGCUUUAUCUUGCCGGGGUCAUGUAGCGCAGAGAGACAUAGUACAGUUUGUACCAUUCCGUGAUUACAUCAACGCUACAGCAGGGAACGUGGACCUGAGUCAGGCCAAGCUGGCCAAGGAUGUUCUAGCUGAAGUUCCAAACCAGGUCCUGGCCUUCAUGAAGAGUAAGGGGAUUCCUCCAAAAGAUGUCCCUGCGUCACACCAAUCUCUCAAUGCUGCUGCACCUUCAGCACCCCCUCCUCAAUAGAGGGAUUAGCACAGCACUAGCACUAGAUUUCCCCCUUAAGCAGUUGCUGAAUAUCUGCAAUAUUUUUGAAAGGUUGACACAUGAAACUGUAAUAGGAAGGUUGAACGACCUAAAAGGUACUAUAUCCCAUUUGCAGGAAUUAUGAAUAUGUCACGUAUGUCCCAUCUGUGAAAUUUAAACGUUAGCAGUGACCUAGUAUUCAAAUUAUGCGUAGAAACCUGUUUACUU